GUUCUUUUCCUCCUCCUCCUCCUGCUGCUGCUGCUCCUACCAAUACGUACCUACUCCGUCUCCUCUGAAGAUGAACGCCUGGUUAACAGUCGCCCUACUGGGAUCCGUCCUGUCACUGGCGUCAGCUGAUGCUGACCUAGGAUAUGGGGCACCCCCUCCUCUCCCUCCCCCCGCCCCCUGCUACCCAAAAACUGAAUUCGUCACCAAAUUCCAGACGGAGCUACACAAGGUCCCAGUUUACGAAACGGUGUUCCAGCAACAGUACGUCCCAACGACGGUGUACAACCCAGUCUACAAGACCCUAGUCAACACCCAGUACGAAACCCAGUACGUACCGGAGUACGUCACGAAGACCCUCUACAAAACGGACGUCAAGUACGUCACCCAGUACCAGACGGCUUACAAAACAGCCUACCAGACCCAGUACGUCACGAAGGUCGAACCCGUACCCAAGUACGUCACCGAAACCGCCUACCAGACUGCUUACAAGACGCAGGUCCAGUACCAGACGGUCUACAAGACGGAGUACCAGCCACAGUACGUCACGGUCAAUAAAGUGCAGUACCAGACAGCCUACCAGACGAAGGUGGUACCACAGUACCAGACUGUGAUCAAGAACGUCGAGAGCUACAAGACUGUUUGUCCCAAGCCUGCCUAUGGCUACUGAAAGUGUUAAAGGGGUUAUUUUUUUGUAAUAAAAUGUAAAAAAAAAAUGGUAAUAAAGGUUUUUUUGUUUA